UCGUCUUAUCACACCGCCAAAGCCACCGCUGUCCGGUGGGAUAAUUUAAGAUUUCAAAAAACCACCGAUUGCCAACUACCAUAAUAUAUAGUUACAACUCUCACCAUAAAUGCCCUGUCAUUUUCCCUUGCAAUUAACUCCAAUACCCAAAAAUUUUAAGUAACAAAAAAAAAAAAAAAAAAAAGGAAGAAUUUUCAUUCCCCGGAAUUGCUUCUACUACACUCUCUCUGUCUCUUUCUCUCCUCCUCUCACCAAAAACCUAACCUCCGAAUCUAAACCAUUAGCGUAAUCCAUAUAUAUAUAUAUAAUCAUUAUUAUAUUCUGCUCGAGAUUACAAUGGUUUCGUGGGUCUAGUGCUUCUGCAUUUUUCUGGUAAUUUGGUGGCUGAAGAUUUUUGGUGAUUCGGACAUGGAAUUUGAGCAUCCGAGGCCGGUCGGUCCGGCGAUGACCUUCGACGAGGUCUCCAUGGAACGCAGUAAGGACUUUGUCAAAGCUUUGCAGGAACUCAAGAACUUGAGGCCUCAACUUUAUUCUGCCGCAGAAUACUGCGAGAAGUCUUAUCUUCACAGCGAGCAGAAACAAAUGGUACUGGACAACCUAAAAGAUUAUGCUGUACGGGCCCUCGUUAACGCUGUUGAUCACCUUGGCACUGUGGCAUACAAGUUAACAGACCUUCUUGAGCAGCAAGCGUCAGAGGUCUCAACCAUGGAGCUCAAAGUUACUUGCGUAAAUCAGCAACUUCUUACAUGCCGAACGUACACAGAUAAAGAAGGUCUUAGGCAGCAGCAAUUGUUAGCAUUCAUUCCGAGGCAUCACAAGCACUACGUUUUGCCAAAUUCUGCCAAUAAGAAGGUACAUUUCAGUCCGCUCGUACAGACAGAUGCUAGGCAAAAUAAUUUUCAAGCUAGAGCUCGUCUUCAGCCUUCAAGUUCCCCCGCAUCAAAAACACUUUCAUGGCAUUUAGCCUCAGACACGAAGCCUACUUUGAAAGGGGCUUCACAGGUUUCAACAAACACUGAGGAUGUAAAAAAUUCAGGAAAAACUUCUGGGUUGUUCCAUCUUUUAGAUGACGAAGAGUGUAUUCCAACAAGUGGAACUCCUGCUUCUAUGCAAAUUUUGGGUGCCACACGCAAGGAUGGAAUGGAGGGAUCCAAACCUUUGACAGCAUUCAGGUCGUUUGAUAACCAAAAUCGACGUGAGAUUGUUCGUGUCCCUGUGCGCAGCAAAAGUGUGUUAUCAGCUUUCUUUGUCAAACAGAAAACACUGAAAGCUGAAAGCCGGAAGCUGAAAGCUGGUCCUGUCUCGUGAUACUCUAGACUAAAUCAAAAGUUGAAGAAUGAAGGAUUCACACCCUGCAAAUGUCUCCCCACAUGCCAGUUAUGCCUUUUGCGUACGGCUCUUUUUUUCUGGCAAAUUGGCACGUCAAGAUGUUGAAAACCCCCCUUUUCUAUUCUUCUUUUCUUUUCCCUUUUCUCGUCUCAUUUGAUUGCUUAAUAAUGAGAAUGUUGUGCAUAUAAGUUCUGUAAUAUCGACAGGCCAAGGAUGGUUUGGUUGUUGUAUGUUAAGCUCUCAUAAAUGAUUGAAUUAAUUUCUGUGCA